AUGCAGAAGUGCCCAAGUGCCAGCUCUGGAAUGGCUGGAAAAGCGGAGUCGUGCAAAGGAUGUCCAAAUGCAAACAUCUGUGCGUCUUCUAAGCCAGAUGAAGACAUUCCGGCAAUACAAAAGAAUCUGAAGCAGCUAAAGCUCAUAUUGGCUAUUUUAAGUGGGAAGGGUGGUGUCGGCAAAAGCACCAUCGCACGGAAUAUUGCAUCCAGGGUAGCUGCAAUGGGGAUCAGGACAGCCAUUCUGGAUUUUGAUCUUUCUGGGCCAAGUAUUCCUCGGCUCACGAAAACCGAAAACGAGUUUGUUUUUCGAUCCGAUUGUUCAUUUGCGCCAAUAGUCACAGAAGAAGAAAUUGGCGUGAUUAGCAUAGGGCACUUGGACGAUCAGACCCGAGUAUUCAACACAAACACCAAGAACUACGCAAUAAAAAAGAUUUUAAAACACUGCGAUUUUUCUGGAUAUGAUGUCAUGGUUGUUGAUACACCGCCAAAUAUAACAGAAGAGCACCUUGCACUUGUCAACUAUGUGAGACCACAAUACUCCAUCAUGGUCACCACGCCGCAAAACCUGUCUCUGAAUGAUGUUAGAAGGCAGAUUGCAUUUUGUAACAAAGCAGGAAUGUCAAUUAUGGGGAUGGUCGAAAAUAUGAAAAAUUUUCAUUGCCCAAGAUGCUCUCACAUCAAUGUUGUAUAUCCUAACUCAGGUAUAGAAGAGUUCUGCAAAAAUGAAAACAUAGAGUAUUUUGGAUCUAUUCCUCUCAACAAAGAACUGGCCAAAAACUCAGAUUCGGGGGAUGCAUUUAAUCACCGAGUAUUCGAUGACAUUUCAUCAAGGAUUUGCGCCAAACUAAUUGACAGACCCACAUAA